CCGCAGUCCCACCUGGGAAACGACGCCAAGCGGGGCCCCAGAUGCCGGCGGCAUUUCACUUUCAACAACAACAACCCAACAAUCAUCACCAGGUCUCAUGACAACAAUCAGGCAGGACUACCUCAUGGUUAUUAUUGAACUGACACUCGGAAUCAAAUAGUUCUUGACGGCCUUUAUCUACGGACGCGUCUUAUCAUUUUCAUACACAAUACGAUAAACAGACCAUCUCUCCACCAAACACUUGUACCAACCGCCACGACAAAGUAUCACCAUUCAAUGAUACCAUCAUAAACGACAUCAGACAUCAUCGCCAACAUGGACCCUCCAAGCCGUCCUCUUCCGCCAAUUCACCACCUCAACCUUGAGUUAAUCCUCAUCCCCCCCAUUCUCUUGGCCAUCGCGACAGCCCUCAGUCUUUUCACCCACUCCGACACCGACCUGUACAUGCUCUACUCGCAAUGUCAUUCCCACGCCCGCAUCGAAUGGCUCUCUCGCGUUCCCCUGUUUGGUCCUCUCGCCUGCUUUCUCGUGUCUUUCUUCCAAGAGGCUCUCCUCUCUCCGGUCCGCUCCAAAGGCAUCAUGUCUGUCAUCCUCAGCUAUGUCGCCGGUCUGCUAACCAUCACCACGGUCGAGUCCUCUCGUAUCUGCAAUCAAUCGGCCUUCUUCCUCGCCUUCCCCACCGCCACUUGGCUCAUCUUUGACCUCGUUGGCGGCGCCCUAGUCUGGGAGAUCAUCAUCAUUCCCGCCUUCUUCCACCGCGCAAAGCUUGUCAUUCUGGCCCGUCGCCAGGGCACCACUACCUCCGAGGGUGAAGAAGUCGCCGAACCCGAGCUCAUCCUCGGCGCCCCGCGUCACUUGUCCACCCUCGCCGAGUCGAUCUCCAUCCCUGUGUCAAUCGCAAUCGGCUACAUCCUCCCCUCGCUGCUCAUUCUCCUCCUUCCGUCAGACAAAACCACCGUCCCCAUUCUCGUCUGGCUCUUCUUCCCUGUCUGGGUGUCCUUCCUCCACCAAGGUGUGCGUACCGCGCUCCUCCAUGUGUUCAGAGACCACCCAACUUGGCCUAGACCCUUCCACCUCGAGACCUCUCUUCUCCCACUGGUUUUGACCUACGCUGCGCCUAUCCUCUUGUCGCUGGCCUCGCACAUCUACCUGAUUGUCACACUCUUCACCCACCCGCACGACGAUCGGAAGGAAAUGACGCUUGCUACGACACGGUUCAUCAUGGUCAACAUGGUCUUUGUCGGGCUGACGGUGUUGUACUGGGCGUUUAUCGAGGCUGGAUGGCAGACUGCCUUGGUGAUGCUGGUGGUCACGGUGUUGGCAGGACCCGGAGCGGGAGUGUGUGUGGGAUGGAUAUGGAGGGAAAGUGCGGUGGGGGUGGAUUGGAUUGGACGGAGAUUUGGACCGAGAGCGGCUGUUAUUGCUGUCGCGGUGGGAGGAACCGGCUCGAGGAGAGGGAGUGACGGUGAGCGAGAUGGAGAAAGGGGUCAGGUGGGUGGCAAUGGACCGUCUGAAGAAACGCCGCUUUUGCGGUAGGGAACAAAGGAUGGGAUGUGGUGUUUGUUAUGUGAGAACCUUGGUUUUUGUUGCAUUUCGUCGGUUUGGUGUUGCAUGUUUUAUUUGGUGAUCAAGAUGGAUUGAGGUUUAGACGGGCGCCGUACUUUGUGAUUCUGUCUAUCUCUUUCUUGCUCUCGGCGGCGUUUUUGGCA